AUGCUUGGCGCAUUUGUUUUUGAUGGCACGAGGCUCUUGAAAUCAAGCCUGCGCGGCGAAAGCGGGGAGGUCUCGGCCUACUUCUCUGCAGCCGUCUUCGCUCUCAGCCUGGCUUUCUAUCCCGCUGUCAUUGGUGUGGGUCUCUACGCCUGUGAUCGCUGGGCCAGAGAUUGGUCAUGCAGCCCUGUUGCAGUACUGCAGACGGUGGGAAUUGGUCUCAUGGUUUGGAUUCUCUUUGCGCUGGGUACCAUCGCCUCGUCUAUU